CCUGCAGUUUAUGUGGCAGAAAGUGUAGUCAGUUCAGGAACAGCAGGUUCUUCUGCUGAUGGAUCAGAGAACACAGUAGCAAUUUUUGGUGGCCUCGCGCUAAUAUCUGUUGCUGCUGCCUCAUUGGUACUGGUUCAAAUUGGGAAGAACCCUCCUCAGAUGCAGACGAUGGAAUACUCCGGGCCAUCCCUCAGCUACUAUAUUAACAAGUUCAAGCCACCAGAGAUCAUCCAAGCUUCAGUGCCAACUGAAGCUGAAACCUCAACAUCCAUAGACUCAGAAAUCUCUGCCCCAGUGGUAACUCAAGUUGAGGUUGAAUCAGAGUAUCAGCCAGAGGCUCCAACUUCAAGUUCUAACAACUCUUAG